AUGUUUGGAUGUCCCGACAGAUCCUGCUUUUGCAGCGACCUGCAAGAUAAUUGUUACGAGUGUUGGAUAUGGGACAACUACACGAGCUUCAAUUGCAAAUUCCACGGCCUUUCGCUGAAUCGCUGUCCAAUUACCUCCUUCAUUGCGGUGGCCCACACGUGCUUGCACUUCUGGAUUUGCUCUUGCACAGCCAGGGUUGCCUGGCGCCACAGUAAGGAGCAAAAUGAUGUGUUUGUGGUAUCGUUGUGUGUGAGUGCCACUUCGGUUUUGGUGAUUCUUUAUCACCUGCGUUUCUUGGGCAUAGGGGGAUUACUUCAUCGUUUCCAGCCUGGCUGGAAACUCAUUGUGCAUGGCGAUGUCUGCGGUGGUUCUGGCCUCUCUUCAGGAUGCACAGGACUUCUACCCCAGACUAAGUCAGACCCGGCGGCUUGGUCUUGCCUGCGCUUCAUCAUUCUUGCCGACCAUAUUGACUGUCGAGAUGACCAUUGCAAUGUGGAUGGUUUUCCGUCAAAGUGA